UUCGUGAAACUGUCACGUAAGUUUUAGUUUCGGUUUCGUGCGCACCAACACGAUUUCGUCAUGUUUUUCGUGCUGCUCACCACGAAAUGUUUUUCGCUGUGGUAAUCACAUCUGAAAGUGGUUUAUACCGGCGGAUUCAUGACGAUCUAAGCUGUCCAUCGGCGUAUACUGCUUGUGUGAUCGCGUUUGCGGCCGCCGGACAUUCUUGAAAUUCCUAUGCAAAUUGGUAAGUGUACCACCGGCUUAUGGUUAGGUUAUGGUUAUGGUUAUGGUUAGGGUUAUGUUUAGGAACGAUGUCAUGCAAAAUAUAGCGUUGGAUUCGCCACGGUUUUACAUUAAAAAUAUAAUAUACACAUCCUUUUGAAAUACGUUCUGAGUGGCACGAAAAGUCCGCCGUUUAAAAUACAUUGGUGCGCAUUUCGUGGUGAGCGGCACGAAAAACAUGACGAAAUCGUGUUGGUGCGCACGAAACCGAAACUAAAACUUACGUGACAGUUUCACGAAUCCUCGUGAGAUCGGGCUGAAAUAACACGUGUAGUUGGGAUGUGCAUUGCUAAAGAUAUGCAGCCAUAUUCUGUGGUUGAUGAUGCGGGCUUUGUUAACUUACUGGCAACGCUUGAUCCACGUUACAUUGUUCCCUCUCGUACAUAUUUCUCCGACACCGUAAUCCCCAACAUCUACGAAACGACACGCAAAGGCAUUGAGGAUGAUUUGGCUAAAGCACAUAGCCUCGCACUGACGACUGAUAGUUGGACGUCCCGUGCAACAGAGAGUUACCUCACCGUGACGGUCCACUACAGUAUAUGUUGAAUUGGGAAAUGAAAAGUGCAGUCCUGCAAACACGCCCCAUGUAUGAAAGCCAUACCAGCGCCAACUUAGCUGACGAAUUGUGCACUGCAGUGGAUGAGUGGAAGUUGAAGCGGCCAAAUAUUAGCAUCCCAGUCACCACGGAUAAUGCAUCUAACAUUGUCAACGCGGUAAAUGAAGCUGAGGGACUAGGGCCACAGAUAGGCUGCUUUGCCCACACAGUUAAUCUCGCAGCCAAGAGGGCACUUUCAAACAACCCUGCUGUGUCCCGCCUCCUGGUGAAAGUGAGGAGAGUGGUCAGUUUCUUUCACAAAAGCACCACAGCCAAUAGUGUUUUGACAGAGAAACAAAAAUCACUCAGUUUGAAGGAACUGAUGUUAGUCCAUGACGUCAGCACUCGCUGGAAUUCAAGACAUGACAUGUUGGAGCGAUAUAUGGAACAGCAGCCUGCCAUCUAUUCAGCAUUAAUGGACCAAAGAGUGAAGAAAAAUGUCACCAAGGACAUGGCAGUAUUGAAUGAUGAUGAGCAAAGACUGGCAGAACAACUCAUUCAAAUACUGCAACCUAUGAAGAAAGUGACAAAAAUCAUGAGCACCGAAACAAUCCCCACUACUUCAAUGAUCCUCCCUCUGAAGGAUAUUAUCCUCAAAGCAAUGGUGCCAGGAGAGGACACCACAGCAAUCAGAGAUGCUAAAGCAGCCAUUACAAAGGACCUGGGAAAAAGGUACACAGACCCUGACCUCCAAAAGUACCUUCUAAAAGCCACAGCCCUGGAUCCCAGGUUUAAAUCCCUGCCAUUCAUUGAUGAACCAUCCCGUUCCCAACUCUUCAGUGAUCUCACCACAGAAAUCCUGGAGCAUGAACAGCAGAGUAAAGCAGCAGAGACAGAGAGUGAGGCAAGGCCGUCCACAUCAUCCACAGAGGAACGGAAUCCAUCCUCCCCCCUGCCCAGAAGAAGUCAGCCAUGGCAGAGAUAUUUGGAAAGGUCUUUAAAACACAAGAGGCACAGGUCAGGCCCCUUCACCUGCUAGUUGAGGAGGAAGUCAGACUAUACAUGUUAGGGGACUGCCUCAAUGUGGAUAGCAAUCCUUUUAAAUGGUGGGAGAAGGAAGAGGGCAAGUUCCCCCAUUUGGCAAAAGUUGCUCAAAGGCACUUCUGUGUCCCAGGAACCUCUGUUCCAAGCGAAAGAGUUUUCUCCACUGCAGGGGACAUUGUAAGUGCAUGCCGCUCUCGCCUUGAUCCAGAGAAUGUUGACAGGCUUGUGUUUUUGCAGAAGAAUCUCAAACUAGAAAACAGAAAACUAGAACAAAAGAAAUAAUUGCUAAUAGCUAUUAGCUAGUAUCUACAGUAUCUGACUGUAACUGAUGUUGCACUUUUGACUUUACAUAGCCUGUACUGUACUGAAGUAUUUGUUACUUGUAAAAUAGGCAAUAUUUUUAUUUAUUUGUUGCUGCUGCUGGCUAUUUUAUUUUUUGGUUAUUGUUUCCCCUAAACUGUUGUUUAUAUGGCUGUGUCAGUUCAAGCAGUUGCUCAAGUUAAUGUGCAAUUUUUCUUUUGAAAUGAUUUUCACUACUGUUUGUGUAAUGUGUAUAGUGUAUACCAUGUACAAUACAUAGUAAAUCGUAUUUCAUCAUUUAGUUUUCUUAAAAGCAAAAUAAAAGGAGUCUUAUGGAAAGUGAAACUUCUUGUUUUUUUUAAUGCAAAACACGAACCGAAACCGUACCGAAACCGUGAUCCCAAAACCUAGGUACGAACCGAACCGUGGGCUAACUGAACCGUUGCACCCCUAGUUAUCUAUACUUUACUGGAGUAAUUAUUUUUUGAACGACUUUUUACUUCUAGUCCUUACGUUUUCAUGUAAUUAUCUGUACUUUCUACUCCUUACAUUUUAAAAAUUGCCUCGUUACUUCAUUUCGACUUGUUUUUAUUCCGGCUAUCCAGAUAAAUUCCGCCAUCCGAAUAGAAUUAAUUUAAUUGUGGUUGGAUGAGAAGUCUCAACGUGACACCAUUCCUAUACCCCAUUGGUUUUAAAGCAAUGCAACGCGCGUGGCCAUUACAAU